AUGCAUACACCAACUCUAGUUGUGAACACCUCCAUGAAUGCUCCUGCUGCCACUCCAUUCAAUCAUAUGAGUUUGCUUACUUCUCCGUCAAAUAUAGACAUAUUGCAAAGAUCCAUAAGCCGUGGAGUGAACCUCAUAUCACCAAUCCAUGUAGCCAGCACAGGGAAUGCAACAAUAGCCAACCUUAAAUCAGAUCUGAACACUUUUGCUGCACCUUCAAACAUUUGUGUGAAUCCUUUGGCUACAUCUUCAGCAAUUCCAUUGAACUUGAACAAUAUGGACAUUCUGCAGAGAGCUGCGAGCGUUGGUAUUAAUGUUGGAACCAAUGCGACAUUCUCCAAUACCAUGUUUCCGAGCAAUUCUGGAAAUAUCCCUGCAAAUUUCUUAUCUAAAGGCGUGGAUUUUGCGAAACCAUCCAUGUUCUCCAAUCCAGACUUCUCAAAUUCUAACCAGAGACCCGCUACCUCAUUCGACUGUGCAGGGAAACCCAACAAAAGAUCCGCCAAAGCGUCUUCGACUGUAAAAAGGAAAUAUUCAAAAAAAUCUGACACAUCAUCAAAGUACUCUAAAAACGCAUCGAACCGACAUAAAAUUUCUGAUGCAAAACUCCCUCCCAUUACAUCAUCGGAAAAUGGAUUGUCUGGUCUGAACCUACCUUCAGUUUGUGGAUUGCAAUUACUUACCACUUCAAACGCAAAUGGAAACUUCAUAUCUCCUUCAAGUCGUGCGUUUCCUGUUGAAAACUCAUCUUCAAAUUUCGCGUUGAAUGCUAUGAGUCUAAUGGCGUCAUCAGGAGCAGUUUCCAACAGAUCAACACCGUUCUCGAAUGUUUUGGACUCUCAUCCAUCAUUCACAUUGGAUUUGAACGCUACCAAUCUACCUAGUAGGAAUUUCCUCAAUGCGUCAGCAAUUCUCAAUGCGAAUGCCAUUGCACAAUUAUCAUCCACGUUCGGAAGUCCAGCACCCUCUCAAAAUUCACCUUUCAACCAGGAUGUUUCUGCUAUCAAUACAUCAAUGAAUUAUGCAACGAGCGCUGUAAAUUUACCCACUGUGUCUGAUUCGAAUUUCGCCAACUCUCUAUCAUUAUCGAAUAUGAAUGUUCCUUCAACAUCUUUGCCUGUUAAUAUGGAUCUAGCGAACUCAAUAGACUACUCGGAAAUUAAUGUUGUGGAUAUGGAUGAAUUGAGCACGCCCUUAUCUGGUUCAAUUGUUUUGGAUACACCUACAGCAUCCGAUGCAAAUAUUACCGCCUCAUCUUCAAAUUUGAGCGCAAACAUAUUGGACCGAUCUUCCAGCGUGGAAACGGAAGUUCUUAGAACAUCUCCGUCAAAUAUUGUGGCGAAUUCAAUAGUUUCACCUUCAGCUGGCUAUCAAAUCCAUCAUCCUUCAUCAAGUCAUCAGAUGAUCCCAAACUCAACAGGAGCAAUCCAGCCUUCACAUAGCGAUCUAGUUGCAAUCAAUCAUCCAGUAGCAACGUCAUCUCAAUUUAGUGAUCAGAAUGAGGUCGAUCCUAUGAGCAGACAUGUCCCAGGAACUUCAUCGAGUGAUGUCAUUCUUAUUGCAGCUUCGUCCAAUGAACCUGGCACUUCAAGUGGAACAUCAUCGUCAACGCGAGAAUCAUUGCAAAACGACCUUCCUUCUGGGCCAAGCCCUAUGCAACUCUUGAUUGAUGCAAUUUCCGAAGAAAUUGACGCGGAAGAGGAAGUGUUGAAUAACACCAAACAAGCUCCAAAUAUUGCUCAGCGACUCACACAACAGUCCACACAACAGCCGGUGGAAAACGAAAUACCUGCUGGGCCGGUGGAUACAGCUAAUCUAUUGGACGGAUAUGAUUUCGAUUUGGUGCCCCCAAAUAUUCAAGAUGUUGUGCUUACAACACAACGACAACUUUUACUUCUUGAAGAACACUUUAAUAUGAGACCUAACGUUCGAGAAAUCAUCAAUUCAGUAGACAGAGCGAAUUGGGACUUUGAUUCAAGAUCUUUUCGCCCAAUGGUAAUCCCACAAGCCAUCGAGAGACCCCUUCGUCGGCAGUACAAACCAAGAAACAAAAAUCUUGAAAUACCAGCACCAUUAAAAACUGCAUCAAAAGUUGCAGCCCCUCUCCCUCAAACAUUUGACGAACAAUUUUUCAAAUUUUUGUGGACAGACGGUAAAAGAAUUAGUCCUUCAACUUCUGGCAGCCGGCAAAUGGUUUCACAGCCUGCUUAUAUGCAGCAAAUCCAAAAUUUCAAUGUCACCUCGAAUCGAACCAAUAGUUUCUACAGAAACAAUGGACAAACAUCUGACGACAUGGAAACAGAGACAACUCAGGGGACUUCCAACUGCAAAGAUCAUAUUUUCAAAAAACCUUCAUCUGCGGGAGUGAGAAGGAAAACAAGGCAACAGGAUUUUGAAAAACGGAAACUGAAUACGACGGGUACAACUGUAAAUAGUAAACUGGACCAUUACGAUGGUUCAUAUCAAACUGAACUGGAGAUAUCAUCUUCGGAUGUGCAACAUGAGUGUUCGUCCAGUAACACGGGAUUGGACCAUCAAGUAAUUCACACUGCUAGCAAGAAAUCAACGCCAAAAAACGUUCGAAAUUUGCAAUCUUCUAAUUUACUAAAAUGGUCGAUAGCUGGGCAAAACGAGGGUAAUCAUGAAGAUUUCGGUGAAAGCAUCAGGGAUCCGUCUCAUCCUUCUUGUUCGGUAAAAAAAUUACGGGUUAUACCAACGGACACAGAACGAAGUACUCUCCCGGUUUUGGCCACUCUCCAAGCCGGCACAAGAAGAACUGAGGAGCAAAGAAUGGCAGCAAAAGAGGAAAGAAGAACCGUAAACGGAAACAAAAUUGGACGUCCUCUGGGAUCGUCCAGAAUCAACAAAGCAUAUCUCAGUCGUACUCCGAAUCAAGAAGUAACUCCAAAUCAAGAAGAAAAGGAAGAUGGAGGUAACACUAUUUGCUUAUGGGGAACAUGCAGAAUGGAAUUCGCAGAUCAUAGCCUAUUCGUGGAACAUGUGUCAAACCACGUUGUCAGUGACGGGGCGCAUUAUAAAAAGUGUCUUUGGAACGGUUGCGUGCGCACAACGCCAUUCGACGCGCUCUACAAAAUCCAGACUCACGUGCGAGGUCAUACUAGAGAGAAGCCAUUUCAUUGCAAUGAACCCGGGUGCGAGAAAGCGUAUUUGCGGAUGGAAAAUUUGAGAACACACCAACGGGUCCAUACUGGAGAACGACCGUACGUUUGUCGAGUUUGCGAAAAGAACUUCACCAAUUCUUCUGAUUGCGAAAAGCAUCUGAAACGAGUUCAUUCUUCAGAGGUGUCUGGAGCUCGGUUGUCAAGUUUCCCAUCACUUUGA